AUGUCAUCACCUGCCACUCAUCGUACCAUUCUGUUCAUUCAUGGUUGGGGUUCCAGUGCCUCACUUUUUGAAAAAUAUUCAAAACCUUUUGGAGAACAAAUUACUUCUGCAGAUGGUUUGCAAUCCACACAAUUCCUUUUUGUGAAUGCACCACUCGAAAUGGAAGAAUUGAUUGGAAACAAUCCAAAAGAUCAACGAUCAUGGGUUUAUCUUCGAGAAAAUAGAUCUGUUUAUUAUCACUGGAAAGCAGGAAUUUUGAGUUUGUUGAAUCAAGUCAAGAAAGCACAACAGGAGGGAAAACAAGUGAAUGGAAUUUUAGGGUUUAGUCAGGGAGGAAUGUUGUCAACCAUUUUAGGAGGUUUAAUAUCAUUAGAACACUAUGGAUUACUUGAAAAAGAGUUUUUACCUGCAUCUCUCUAUGAAUUUCCUCAACCUCAUGAUGACGACUCGACAAAUUUUGAUGACAUUAUUAAAGGAAUUAGAGAAAACUUCUUUUCGUAUGAAGGAGAUGAAAAAGUUUGCCAUGUAAAGUUUAUUGCAUUUGCGGGAGCUUUUAAACCAAAUGCAAUUCAAGUUCGAGAGUUUUUAAAUGUGAUAUUUAAUAAGGGCUUAAAAUUGAGUGGAUUUAAAUCACUCGUUAUUUAUGGCUUGAAUGAUGAGUUGGUGUUUCCAGCUUCGAGUCAGGCUAUUGUUGAUGAUUGGAUCGAUGAGAAAGACUGUCAAGUGUUGUCAUUUCAUGGACGCCAUGAAUUACCUUUGGGAGAAAAGGAAAAAGAAGAAUUGGUCAAAUUCAUAAGAAAUGUAUGGAAGGUUUAA